UUAGGGCUGAUUUAAGUGCAUAGAAUAUCUGGCUUGAGAAGAAAUGCUCAGGGGUCCACUUCAGACUGAGGAAGCCCCUCCUCCCAGGCGGGUCCUGAAGGGGCUACAUGUCACUCCGUGUGCAGUGUCCCCAGAUGUGAAGGGGACUUCGCACCCCGGCUGUCUUCUGGGUCCCUCCUCGUAGCAAAGUUCAGGCAGGAGGGAGCCACCUGUGCCCUGUGGGAACAGGGUGGGCUGCAAGCUCGCCGGCUCCUCCUCCACAGAGGAACUCAUCCUCUGCCUGUCACACCCACGUCCGUCCCUUCGAAAACCCUGCCACCUCGGACUCUCAUUCAGAGCCAGCUGUUUCCACCAGCUCCCCCUCCACGUGCCUGUUCCUCACCCUGCCCCUCUCCCCACCUUGCUUCUCUCUUCCCUCCACCUCUGAGGGGUCUUUGGAACAGAAGGCCGAUCCCAGCACCUCCUCGGAUUGAAAGUCCGGGAGGCCGAUACCCUUCGCCCCGUGGCUUGCCCCUGAACCUCCCCAGACGGCACCCACUCUGCUCCUGCCUCCUCGCUGGUCGUGCCCCAGGGCCUUUGCACAUGCUGCUCCUCUGCCCAGAGGCCCAGCCCCCACAGCCCUGCUCGCUGCCUCCCCGCCUCCUGGUGUCUGCUCACACCUCACUGCUCCAGAGGUACACAAGGUAAGAGCGACCCCAUCCUUGCACCAGACGCCUCACCAGGUGCAGCAGGAACCAUGGGGUAGAGCUCACCAUGCAGUCCUGGAGGAGACAACAGAACUCAGCACUGGCCUGGGUCAGGACGGCCUCGCUGGACCGCCUCUCUGCUGAGAGCCCGAGUGGUUGGACGCAGGGCUUCGUGGGGACCUCACCCACUCCCACCGUGAAUCGCCCAUGGCCGGGCUUGUGCGCCUCGACCGCCUUCGUGUUGGUGGAACAUUGGCAGGGCGCCACUGGCAGCCUCUGGCUGAUGUGAGACAGACAGGGUCCAUUCCAUCCUGUCCGCCGCGCUCGCUGCAAUUGGCUGAUGGAGAUGGCCGGCCCUCGGCAGCUCAAGGCGAAGGAUUUGUUUUCCUCUCGUUCUGCAGCGUCUUCCAGGGAAAUCAUAACUGGUUUUGAGCUCAGAGGAGCGAAAAGGCAUAUUUAACACGAAAUUCCAGCUGGAGACGACUGUAGCACAGCCGCCCCAGGGUCUUGAUGGACGUGAAUUCAGGGCCUGCUGCGCCUGAGCCCCUGGUCGCCUGGCCGGGACUUGCCAGUUAAUUAGAAAAGUGGCCGUCAUUGCCGCCAGCUCUGGUGAGAUGAGGCCACAGGCCGCUGUCCUGGGCUCUCCCGUCAGCGGACAGCACGACCCUCCGGGGCUGCACCCUGCCUGCAGCCGCCCGGGUCUCAGGUCUCACGUCGACAUCCCUCUGUGGCUCCGCUCCUCACAUGAGCUCACGGGCAGGCAAGGCCCCUGCACGUCCUCUGUGAUUUCUGAGGUUAGAGACCUGACUUCGUCGUGCUCCCUGGAAGGACCUCUCUAGUGGCCGGGCACUGACCCCAGGACCCAUGGCAUGUCUCCACCCGCCCGGGGACCUGGGGCGUCUGGCCCUCCUGGGUCGGCGUUUGGGCCUCCAGCCUCUCCCCGCCGUGCCCAUGGCCUGAGGCUGCUCUCCUCACCGCAGACCCUGGGGGGCAGCUGCCCACCCGCCAUGUUCGGUGCCCUCCCAGGGCCAUGUGGACUCCAGGGCCGAGCUCUGCCUGCGUCGGCACCGCCGCUGUGCCCACAGCCUUGGCGCCUGAGCCUCCAUCCUGCCACUCGAUAGGAGGGCCCAGUGGCUCUGACUUCUCUCCUGAUGGGAAAGACACUGCCCGUUGGCUGACACACUGGAUUCUGGCACUUUCUUUGCCUCGUGCUGGUGAGGUACAGGCUUUCUGUGCUCAGUGUCAGGGAGCAGGAUCUGCCCUCUGUCCCCACAGGCCCGUCCAGGGGCCUGGUCUCUGAGCGGCACCGUGUCCCUGGCAUCCAGGGGCACUCGGCCCAGAGUCCUCUCCUCUGCGCACCCCACCACGGUCUCCUCCCCUGCCCUGGUAGCUGCGCGUGGGUCACUUGCUCGACCUCCACUCGCCCCGCAGAUGCAGCCCCCAGUCAGCCUGUCGCUGGGCCUGCUGUCCACAUACAGCCAGACGAGGGUGUCCUUCCUCUCAGAACCACCCUGCACCCCCGGAAUCUGAGUGCGGACCAGGUGGCCGUGCCGCCCGGCGCUCCCCCGGCCUCCUGCUCUGCGGGGAUCUCAUCCGUCACUUCUGACCCCGGGGUUUCCACUCACUCCUUGGCUCAGGGACCCUGCCCGUGGACAUCUGGGCGGUCUGGGGCCUCAGGCCACUCACCACGGCAGUGGCCCUGCCUAUUUCAGACCCUUGCCCUCCCACCUGGCCGUUUAAUCCAUCUUCCCGACGAUGGGCUGUCUGGGCCCCUCAGGCUGGCCGAGCUGGGUCUCUGAGCUUCCAUGGGCCCCACAUCCCUCCCAGGGGUGCCUGCUGGUGCCCCCGACCCACCCUGCACUCUCUGCACACCCAUGGGGCCCCUCCCGUGUGGCCCUGGGCACCCCACUCUUUUUCCACACGUCCACAGGCCCCCUGCAUGCAGGCUGGACUGCAGAACCUUCCGGACUCCUCCAGCUUUGCAGGGCCUUGCUCGGUGGAAGGACGCAGGAGCUCUGGCCCCCCAAGCAUGACCCCUGUGCGCAUGUGUGGCUGAGGCUGGGGGGCGGCCUGCCAUGCUGUACUGUGCCCCAUGGUCCUGUGGAGGUUGGUGGAGGUGGCUCCAUGCACGCUGCCAGAAGACGCAGUAUUCUCCCCGGGGGCUUCCAGAGGCCUUCCCAGGCCAGCUCUGGAGGCAAGGACAGAGCCCGCAGCUGUUCCCCGACUGGUGGCCCUGGGAAGCCGAUGCUAGCACGCAGGCCCAGAUGCGAUGCCCCAGAGCAGCUGUCCUUGACACCUCGGUACCUGCAGAGUGGGGAAUCCCUGUGCACGCCCCAUCCCACUCUGCUGCCUGUGUGCUCGCCCUCCUUCUGGGAACCUGGGGUCUCUGUACGAUGGGCAUUUGCGGGCGCCUGCCAAGCUCAGUCUGGGGCCCCACACCACGAGGUGGCUCGAAAGGCUCCGAGGGCCUGCUGCGGACCCAGAAGCGCAUCGCACGCAGCACAGGAGGAGCCCGAGCCAGGAGCCUGUGGUCCUCAGCUGCCUGCUGGGCCGCCAGGAGGGUACGGUGCCCUCAAUAGCACUCACCCAGGGGCUCAGAACCACAGUGGAUGGCCAGAACCUGGACAUCUGCCCCGCAGAGGGUGCGAGGCUAGCGUUGGUGUUCCGUGGACAACAGCAGCCCACUCCUAGCGGGCGUCCAGCAGCUUCUUGCUCAGCAGUGGGUCAGACGUUGGGGCCUCUGAAUUUGGAAGCCCCCUGAACAGGCUCUCAGUCUGCCCAGGAGCUGGGGGAAGCUGGGGCCACCCUGGUCCUGGCCUAAAGGAGCUCACCGAGGCGUUCGCAGGCAGCGUCCUGUGAGCUGGAGGCGGGGUGGCGUGGAGGGGACCCUGACCGGGCAGGCGUCCAGCUGGCUGUCUCUGUGACCUCGGCGAGUCACCGUGUGUUUCAAGGCUUCAGGUUCUCCCCUGGAGCUGGGGACACUGGACCGGAUCUCGAGAGUGGCGCUGUCCAGCAGAACUGGACGUGGUCCGUAUCACGCUGCCCACAGUGGUCACCACUGGUCACGUUAGGGCUUGAAAUGUGGCGGUGGCACAGAGGAUCUGGAUUCCCAAGUGGUUUCAUUUGAGGAAUUUAAAUUUAAACAGCCUCGUGCGGCCGCGGCUGCCACGUGGACGGUGCGGCUCUAGAAGGCUCCGUGUGAGGUCUAGCAAACCACGGGGGCCUCCAUCCUCUGCGGAGUUUGAGGAGGCGGAGACCCCUGCCUAGCUUGGUGGUCGUCACGUUUUUCAAGGAAUCGUCAACGGAAUCAGCAGCGAGUGUCUUGCAGAGAUGUCCAGACCCCUACUCGCCGGCAAAUAUGGGGAGGUUUCGAUUUUGAAAUUGGCAGAAUCUCUUCAUGGGUAAGAAACGCAAUUGGAACACUGGCACCAGAGUUUGUGUGGUUCUCAUAUCUACGGGAAAAGGCCGCGCUCGGUGGGCCCACGUCCUGAGUCCCACAUGCUACAUCAGGACCUGCUUCUCGCCCACAGGAAGGUGCCACCCUCUCCCCAAAGGGUUGGAGGCAGAGCGGCAGCGAGGGGGUGAGAAACCCCUCCCAGGUGCAGACUAAGCUGGUGGGAACACAGCCGAGGACCCUGGUUUGUGACCCGAGGGAGGUUCCGCUCGAGGGAACGUGGGAAGGAGUCGUGGGACUGCUGACACUUGGUGUCGUGGUCCUUUCCCUGCAUCGUUUUAAAAGGUGCCUCAUGACAUCAGAAGUGUGUGAGUUUGUGGAUGAGGAAGGAGAGCAGUGAAAGGAUGUCCUGGAGGAGAGACCUGGUCCAGACUCGGCCGGCAUCGGCGCCAACGGGCCGGGCGUGCCUGGAAACUGGGCUGACCAGAGGGGCUGACCAAGCAGCCUGAAUAAUGGGUGCUACGAGGUGUUUAAUCUGGCCAAGCUGGCGGGACUGGGUUUGCCUGUCUGCCUGAAACGACUGGAAGGCUAGGCCAAAUACUCGAAACAACGAUUUUCAGACAACAGGCAGCACAGGGCAGCAAUCUGUGAGGAAGGAAGUCAGCGAGGUGCCGAGGUGAAGUGACUGCAGCCAGGAAGCAGUUUCCAGGCCACUGCAUGGAGAGAGGGAGCCCAGACAGCCCUGGGGGGUCUCGGUGACCACGGGGGCGGAGGGUCUGCUCAGAGAGCGUGGGGGUGUGCCCAGGCCCCCGCAGGCCCAUGGCAGGGGCUGACCUGCAUUGUGUAAGAAGCUGGGAAAGAACCACUAGAAAGAUCCAGGGACCACAGCUGCUGCGGUCCAGGCAGGUCUGGGAAGACCCUGUGCUCCUUCGCCCGAGCAGAGCAGGCAGGGUCCUCGGAGGCCUCACUGGAGGAGCCCGGCCAACCGUCCAGCCUGGAGGCUGCUCCUGCCCUGCCCGAGCAAAGCACGGCUCAGACCAAAAACCUGCAUCCUGUAACAAGAUACAGCAGUGUUUGCAGGAAUAGAACAAAGCCCAGCUCAAACAGCAGAAGGCCGCAGAGUCCAGCAUCCAGUCAGAAUCCCCUGGGCAUGCGAGGAACUGAGAAAGGGUGACCAAUGACUGGAAGAAAAUUAAUCAAUAGAAACAGACCGAACCACAACAGAGAUGAGGGAAUUAGCAGACAAGGAUGUUAAAAUGGUGAUUGUAAAUAUGCUCCACAUGUUCAAGAAGGUGGAGAAAGUGUGAUCAUGGGGAGGCAGGAAGUGGAAGAAGAUAUUAGAAAACCCGAGUGCAGCUUGUGGAGAUGAAAUUGCACUGUGUGGCUGAACGAUACGCUGAAGGGAUCGAUGGCGGAUGAGACACAGUGGAAGGAAAGGUUAGUGACCUGCGAGCAGGAGCAAUAAAAUCACCCAAAACGAAGCACAGAGAGGAAAAGGACUGAAAAUGACACGAGCAGGGCGUCAGUGGCCCGUGGGACAGUAUCGGGCAGCCUGACAUCCGUGGACCUGGAGUCCCAGAAGGAGAGGAUGGAAAGGGGACGACCGAGUGUUUGAGGAAACGUGGCCCACAAUUUUCAGAUUUGACACAACUCUAAACCGCAGACCCGAGGCCGCCGCAGAAUAGAGAACCACUUCAGGGCGCGUUGCCAUCAAAUUGCUGAAAGCCGGAAAUAAGGAGAAACAUUUUAAGGCGGCCAGAGAAAAACGGACGGCGAUGCUGUUCCCGGCACUCGGCUACUCCCCACAGUGGUCGUUUCCCUUUCAUGGGAAGGAAACUGAGUCACACCACUGCAUGGAGUCGUGCAGCCAGGACCCCACCAGGCGGACCCCCAGAGCCUGUGCUCCGACCGGCAGCCCACCUGCCUGCUGCAGGCAUCAGUGCUGCUCUGGGCUGUGAGGGGGGCAAAGCGGGCAAUUGGACGGUGCCCAUGGUACGUGGAGAACUGCAGCAGGGAGGAUGUGAGAGACGCCAGUUGGGGUGCAGGCAGCCAUCGACACGGGGACAUGGGGACAGGCAGUGGUAAGGUGGCAUCAACGAAAGGCCCGAAAAAGUGGGCAUAGCCAUCCCCGACAUCUCCAGACAGGGGCCAGCGGUUGCAAAGGCCCUGGGGCAGGAGCUGGGCAGAGGGACUUGCAGUGGGGGAGGGGUCAGAAGGGGGCAGGGAGUGUCCCCUGGGCUUUACCACAUUUGUGGCUGAGGUGAAGUGUGCAAGGAACUGUUGUGAAAACGGGAAAAUAGAAAGAAUAACCUGACCCAUGCCCCCACCCCUCCUCCCAGAAGCAGCUCCACUGAAUAUCGACAUCGUUGCCUCCCAGACCUUUCUGCCACUCUGGGAGGCUGGACACUGCGUCUGUGACAAUAGUGCCUGCGCAGAGAGCAGCCGGAGGCCCUCAGCAGUGCUCUGGGACGGGGGCCACCCCUACCCACCAAGUGGAGUUCUCGGGGGUCCCCAGCUUCAGAGCAACUGGCCGGAGCCUACAGGUGGGGAUGUCCUGUCCUUUCUCUCCUCCCAGUGGUUUGUUUUAAAGGAUUUGGGUUUGGUUCAAACAAAGCCAGCUUGGACCUCGGGAAAGGCCAGGCUUGUCGGUGUUUCCUGAGUUCCCCAGAGGCCCGAGAUCGUUCUAAGCUGCGACCAGCUCUGGUGUCUUCAGGAGCUCGGGGAGUCCUUGGGUGAUGGAUCAACCACGUGUGGGGUCCUCGCACCCAGGCAGUGACACCAUGGCCCCUCGUCCCCAAAGCGGGUAGGCUGUGGCGGCGGGAGCUGGCAGUGCCCUCAGACCUGAGACUGGACAGCUUGCUGGAGCUCUGGGCCUGUGGUCAGAGGGACCUGUGCCCACCUGCCUCUGGCCCCUCCCCUGGGGCCGCCCAGUGGUGGUCAGAGUCCCAUCAGCGUGGCCCCCUCCUGGGCGGGGCUCAGGGCGACGCCGGCCUCCAGGCUGCGGUGAGGGGACGUGCCUGAGAUCCUGGGCUGGUUCUGGGGGCCCUCCUUCCCUCCCUCCGGCUUGUUGUGGGGAGGAGGCGGCCCCACCCAGGAGGAACCUGCCUCUCCUCUGGGUACAGGACAGGGAAUGCCCAUCCUGCUUUGCAGUUUCUUGGGGACAGCAGGGGUGGCAGUGGACGCUGGUCACGUCUGUCCACAGCACUGUCUGGGGGCUCAGAGCCCCGACAGGCGAGUCCUGGGUCAUUCCAUGGGCAGUGAGAUCAGGCCGCUGCCCCAGGAGCUGGACAGCCUCACUGGUCACUGGCAGGAGCCGUCUCCAUCCUGAGAAACGCCACACUGGGCCGUCUCUCCCUCUCUGGUGCCUUCCGACAACCCAGAGAGGGGCUGCCAGGUGGGUGCCCUGUGCUCGGGGUUUGCCCUGUGCACCCCAGUUUCCCACAUCAGGCGGCUGCCCUGGGCCUGGCGCCAGUUCUGAGACCAGACCAUUGCUCAGCAGAGGUGUGUGUGGGUCUCCUCCAAAUGCUUAUCUUUCACGUGUGGGGUCACAACUGGAUUCCUCUAAGGGUGGAUUUGGGUUCAUGUUUGUAGAAGGAGCUUAGGCUUCCUCUCGGCUCCUUUGAGAACCCGCUGAAGCUGCUGCCAGACACAGAGCUGCGCGGGUGCAGGCAGGGUGCGCACGGGGUGCAGGCGAGUUCCGUGUGGGUGCCGUCAGGGUGCAGGUGUGGUGCAUGUGG